CACUGUACAACCGGAAUUAAAGUAGUCAACAAUAGUCAACGACGAAGACGACAGACAAUCCAGAAAGGCGCGCUUCUUGUAUUGUUUGUGUCGUGCACGCUGUCAUAGUGCUACCUUUGGCAUAGUCUGCAGGAAUAAACAGUCGCAGAACUGCCGCAUUGACGUUACAGUGGCAACAGCUCCUGGCCAGAGACCUCUCCCGCGGUCGUCGACAUGGACAAAGUCGCCGAACUUGCCAAUCCCGACGACGUGGUGGACGCCCAAGACCUGGUCGUCCUCAAACUGGACCGGCCGUGGUCAGGCCCGCACGCCGUCCCAGCCGGCUGCGUCCUUGACUCGUGCUCGCAGCGCAUCACCACCAACCAGAAGAGCUUCGUGGCCAACAAGGACAACCUCACCAAGCAGCGCUUCUCGGCCGCGCUCUUUGCAGGAUGCUCGGCUUUCGCGACAUACACCGCCCUCUCCAACGCCGCCGUGGAAGUCCUGAAGAAGGCGGAGACGCUGGUGCUAGUCCACAACAGGGACCUGGUCAUGGAUCUGGUGCAGCGGUUCCCCGGGCUGCGUCUGCUGGUGCUGAUGCACGACCUGCGGCUGCAGACGGAGGCCAAGCAUCGGCUGGACGUGUGUGGCAAGCGGUCGUCGCGCCUCCGGCAGGUGGUGGGCACGGCGCCCGCCCUGGGGAUGGACCAUCUUUUCCUGUGCCCAGUCACACUGAUCAGCCUGCUGGCAAACUGCGACAUGCUCUGUGAAAUCCAGGCUCCCAUGGAAGAGGUCAUCAGCCUCUCCAACCCGCUGCUCAGCGGCCAUCCCGGCGGACUGCCCCCGUUCAAGACCGGUCAGGAACUCAUUCUGGGCUCCCACGCAGAGCUCCCGGACGGGCCGCGCUUCGCCAUCGAGCACGUCGGCGCCGAGCACAUCGCCAGCGCCCAGCCGCUGUAUGUCAACCUCAAGCGCCUCACGGUCACCGCGGCCUCCAGGGAGACGCUCGCCCGGAUCGCCGACUUCGAGCACAUCCGCCGCCUCUCCAUCACCUUCUCAGCAGACGCGCCGCUGUGCCCCUUCGGCGGACACGUCGUGAGACUGCUGAAGAAGUUCGACCUCGACGAACUCUCGCUCUGCCGCGUCGAUCAAGUCCAGCUGUCGAUCGUCGCGCGCUUCUGCAAGGACCUCCGCUCGCUCGCGUUCUCGUGCUGCAACGUAAACAACGAGACUUUUUCGAACGCAUUUCCGAAGUUGGAGCGUUUGUCGGUAGGGCGCCACAUUUCGUCGUCGACGCUCCGCUCGCUCCUCGCCGCAUGUCCAAACUUGACCGGGCUGGAACUUACGUCGGAUGACACGUGCGCCGCAUUUCUCGACCGCCGUUCGUCGCGGCCCACGCUCGCGAACGUGAUGCGUCUCGUGCUCAAUACAGCGUGGACUGUGGAAGAUCUAGGAACGGACGCCGACACCAUGCGGAGUUUGCUCAAGAGUUUACCGGCUUUGAGGCACGUGGUGACGGACAGCUACGGCCUUCGGCUGUUCUUCGAGAACUAUGCACCACACGUGCGGCUGUCUUGGACGGGCUGCGUCGUGUGCACAGCGGAAUUUCCGAAGGUCAGCGAACUGCAGGAACUGGCGUGGACUGCAAUUUUGUCGGGGAAGGUGUGAUCGUCGCGUUUCUUGUAAUGGAAUUCUUUUGUUCUGACGUUUGUUUUCUGGGCCGGUAAACAAGUUUCUUUGUCCGAGCUCGUGAUUCUCUUCAAGAGAGUUUUCAGACUAUAAACUCUCGUUCACACACUUGCGCCUGAGUGUCACCAAAUGCGUUACAACUGCUUAACUCCGCGUACGACGAAACAGUGCACUGGUACACUGGCUACAAGAAAUGAUCGCCCGUUACAUUGUCAGAAAUAUUUCGAGCCCACGGUGAAAGAAUGAUCCUUAAAGGAAUUUUAAAGCUUAUACACGGAUGGAGUAUUCCAGGUACACCCAGAGAUGAGCAUAGAGAGAGUAUGGUCGAUGGGAGGAGUGGGCAGAGCCAGGGCGUGCACGAGGUGCAGAUAGGAGGCUCCACACGCUCUAUUGGCCAACCAGAAGCCGAAGUUAAUUACCCAGCGGCGGUAGUGAGAAACGCUUUAAUAAGUGCGUAAGAGUUAAGUGGAGUAGCUCUUUGUGGUUGAAAAUAUGGUACACAUGACGUUUCGAUUGUGAUCGUACAAAAAGAUGCAAGAAUCUAAUGUGCCGCUCAAACUGUGUUGCUCGGACGACAGAUUCCUGGCCUUCAGUGCCUGGCGUGCGGAUUUCGUUGAUCGUUCUGCUAUUCGCGCACACUUUUUAUACCUUUAUAUUCCUUCCACUAUGGUUUUGCGUUACCGUGAUUGAAAGAUCACGUGCACCGUGUUUUCAGUCGCCGAGAGUUACUUCGAGGGACUAUUUAAUUUUGUUUCUCGCGACCACCGUCAGGGGAGUAUUAGUGGUUUCUGGUUGGCCACAUUCAAGUUUGUGAAGACGCCACACUCCCAGCCCGCUUUCAACCGAUGUCGCCUCCUCAUUUGCCUCCUAUACUUCCCAAUGAACGGCCAAAUUCUCUGGGUCUACCCAGGCUUACCCAAUAGAUUGCACCACUGUGUCAUGUAACUGUUACAAGUGGGCAGAACUCACUCUGUCAUGCUUGAAGGCAAAUAUCCGAAUAUCUAUGGGAAAAUAUUUAUAUGUUUAUGAAUGAGAGCCAUUUUUUCCAGGACUGAAGGUAUGCAACGAGCUGUUGUAGCGUGCAUGCUUGUUAAAACAUUGGUGUUAGAGGAUGCCAGGAUGAUUCCUGUUUCUACUGGCUUAAUGUUUUUUUUCAAAAUAGGCUAAAGAAAAAAAUUAUCUGUUUCCUACUGUUGCUGAAGUAGUCUUAGAUGCACGCACCCAACCAUGAAGAAAAUAAUUUUCUUUCGAGUCGUUGAUCAAUCUGAUGUGACUGCUAAUGCCAAAAGUUUCAGAGCAAAAUCUUAUUUCGCAACCUUUAUGGAAGAUCGCAACUCGCAGGAUCAAGAAACUCAUUUGCACGGCUAACUAUAUUGUUGGUAAAUAAAGCUAACCAUGCUGCAGUUGCAUUUCAUAGGUAA